AUGAGCCGGGCAUGUGAAAGCAAGUUGAGAGUAGAGAUGGCAUUCAUGCCUGGCGAAGUGCCAAACCCCGACAAGCCUGACGGUCUCCUGUGCCGACCUGGUUUCGGAGGCUGUGACCUCUCUGGGACACAUUUCUGUGUGCAGGGGGCACUUGGGCACGUGAACUGGGAAAAAAGGGGGUUGACUGUUGCCCCGAGCCGGCAGAGGACGCAGUUGUCGAGGCGUAUUCUGCCUCUACGUCCAUUUCGCGACGUGGCUCUCGCACCGGCUGACAGGCGAUGUAUCGUCUUAGGGUGGGGAUUGAGUGUGAUUGUGUAG